AUGUUAGAAACUUCCUUGAGGAGGUUUCUGCAAUUAUCCCUUAUUUUAAAUAAUCUCCUAUCCAACAGAAGCAAAAACACCACCCAUCACCACCAUAGCCACCGAAGCUCCACCACCGUUGCCGCCGCACAAGAAUCCAUCAACCGCGGAUCCUUAAACCACGUAGAUCUCCACACUGGAUCCAACGGCUGGGCUUCACCUCCAGGUGAUUUAUUCUCUCUCCGUGGACCCAACUACGUGACUAAAAGGACAAAAUUUCCCUCCGGACCGUGGCUUCUCCAACCUGCCAGCGUCGAUUGGCUCCGAUCCAACGCCAAGCUGGACCAUGUCCUCGCCCGACAGGAUAACCCAAUCAUGAACUUACUCAAAUCCCCCAAUCUUCAAGGAAAGAGUCUGAAAACUUUCCUUGUAGCUGUCAAUCUCCAAGUCCCCGGCCGGGACCACCACAGCGCAAUAUUCUACUUCGCCACUAAGGAAGACGAAGGCCUCCAACCGGGCUCUCUCCUCUACGGGUUCGUCCACGGUGACGAUUAUUUCCGGAACAGCCGGUUCAAGAUCGUGAAUCGGAUAGUCAAGGGCCCAUGGAUUGUGAAAGCCGCCGUCGGGAAUUAUGCCGCCUGUUUACUGGGAAAAGCGCUCAAGUGCAAUUAUUUUGUGGGCGAUAAUUACCUCCAAAUCGACGUGGAUACCGGAAGCUCGGCGAUCGCAAGCGCGAUUUUGCACUUGGCAUUGGGGUACGUCACGGUGGUCACGAUUGACAUGGGGUUUUUGGUGGAGGCACAGUCGGAAGAUGAGCUGCCGGAGAAGCUGUUCAGGGCGGUGAGGAUUUGUCAAAUGGAGAUGUCGUCGGCUACUCACGUGGAGAAUAGUAGCAGUGCGGUGUCGUUUAAGAGGGGGAUUCAUAGUGGGCACCCGAAUGGUAGUAGCUGUAAUAGUAACUGUAGUAAAGUAAAGUGCAGGGCCUGCAGGCUGAAGAGUGCAGCAAUAAUGGAAAUUUGUGCUGCUUACGCUGUUUGGGCUCCGAACACUUCCCAAGAUAGAAGAGAGUUUAUUUUAUAA